AUGGUAACCACUAGUGUUGCCGCGCACGAGGUUGCACGUGGUACACGUGCCGCAAUCAAGCCAAAUGAAACAACGUCACAAGCAGCCACGCCUAACCACAAGAGGAAGCAAUCCGACGCCCUAUUAAACGAGAUUGCUACGCCUCGUAAAAAAAUCACCAGGGCUUGCGACUCAUGCAAGUUAAAGAAGACCCGCUGUACUGGUACCCUGUCAUGUGCGAGAUGCACGCGACUAUCGCUGUCGUGCAGAUACACAGCAGCAUACUCUCGAGGACUACCACCAGAUCCUCUCCCUGCAUCGCCGAGUUCUCUAUUGACCCCAAAUGGUCAUCGUGGAGUGGAAGUUGUAAGCGAGUGCGUGUUCGCCUGCCGACAACCACAGGGUCAUGCAGCAGGCUUGGCUGUGAAUAAAGACCGUCUCCUUUCAAACCAGGCCCAACAACACGCGGUGUCCGUGCGCGACUCACCAGAGCCCGGGUCUACGGACUUCGAGGGACAUUAUCUUGGACCUGCGUCUGGUGUGUCGUUUAUCAAUCGUGUCUGGAGUCGUCUGCAUCAGGAUGAGACCACGCAUUAUCCGGAUGAACUUCAUAAUGAGUCGUCGCGAAAUACGGCGGUCUCCAUGUUUGGAGAUAAACCUUACUCUAGCUCCCAGAAUGUUGAAUUCACUCUCCCGCCAUUGGAAAGGGCCUUGGAGCUGGUUGAUGUCUACUUCGACUACUCUGUGGUGACUUACCGGUUUGUGCAUAGAGGUAGUGCCGAAGAGUGGACGAGGCAGGUUUAUCGAGACAAUAUAAGCCUUGCAAAUCCACCUGUGGGUAACAUGGUUGCUCGGACUGCUAUAGUCUUGAUGAUUCUUGCUGUGAGUACUCUGUACAUGGAGCAGAGACCAGGGGUAAACCCUGAUGGUCACGGUGAAAGUGAGCGCUGGUAUGCGGCUUCGAAACACAUAUCAUCCCUCGAGUCAGGGCCGCCACGACUGGAAACUAUCCAGGUCCGGCUUGGGCAAUGCUUAUAUCUGCUGGGGUCGUCACGAGCCAAUGAAUGCUGGUACUCAUUUGGCAUGACGGUGCAGAUUGUGACGGCACUCGGGUUGCACAGAAAGUUGCCGGCAAAGCUGGCGAAGACUCGGUGCUCGUAUCUGGAAUUGGAGUUUCGCAGACGCAUCUUCUGGAGUGUGUACACUCUAGACAAGUAUCUUAGUAUUAUGUUUGGAAGACCCCAACUCCUCCACGACGAAGACAUUGACCAGGAACUACCUGGUGAGACGAGCGAUGAGGAUUUACUAGAACACGAUCCGAUGCGACGGACAGGUUCUACGGACAACAUGAUGAUAGCCUCCGUUCUUCAUCACCGGCUGGGUCGCAUCUUGAGCAAUAUAUCCCGCCAGCUAUACAGUAUAAACACCAUCUCCCGCGACUCUCCCCUCGAAACUGCCAUCCGCUUAACCUCGGAACUGGAAAAAUGGAAAGCAACCGUACCGCCACUAUUCAACAGCGUCGACCCAGCCAGCCUGAUCCUACCUCUCCGCCGCCAAAGCCAAGUCCUCCAACUCGCCUACUCACACGCCAUGAUCCACGCCACCCGCUCAUUUCUUCUAAAUGACUUCGCAGACCUCAGCCGAAGACCCAAAGCACCACAUCCGGAAGUCAGCGCGCAUGUACAGAAAUGCACCCAGGCCGCUGAGGAUAUUAUGACGUUAACCGAUGCCCUUGCGCGGCAGGGCGUCUUGAUCCAGUCAUUCUGGUUCACGCACUAUGUGUGCUUCUGUGCUGUUUUGGUAAUCUACAUACACACUAUCCAGCAGCAUCGCAGGUUAUCAGAAGGAUCCAGCUCGGCGUCUGUCUCCUCAACCGGGAGUCCCGAAUUUGAUAAGUUGCGGCAGGUCUUUUCUAUGGCAGAGACGUGUCAGCAACAUCUUGCUGAAGCUACGCGGAAGAACUGUCCUAGUCGUCGGUAUGGGAUUAUUCUGGAGGAAUUGAGGCAGGAGGUUCAUCGGCAGAUUGGGUCGGAUGGGUUUUCUGUUGGGAUUCGGGCUCACUCUGCUGCUGGGAGUGAUGCUGUUGAUGUCUUGAGAGGUACGCAGAAUGCGGGUGACAGGGAGGUCCUGCUUGACGCUCAGACGGUUGAUUUUCCCCCAAUUGGCAUCAUGCAGCCAGCCGACGUGGGCGUGGGGAUCGAUACGGGGGAUGAUGCAGGGUUUCUUGAGAGCCUUGAAGGGUCGAUGUGGUGGGCUCAGCUUGAUUCAUGGGCCUUUUCAAAUUUUCCUAAUGAUCCGUCUAUGCUUAACUUCUAA